AUGGUCGCUUUCGCCGCUAUAUUAUCCGCCUCUUGUUUGGUGGUUUUAGCUGUGCCGCAGGUAGGAGCCGGACUUGCAUCGACGAAUUCAACGACACUCCCUCCUGCACAAGCGGGCGCUCGCGCUCAGAACGGUACAUCCCUGGCACAACCUGCACCACCGCGCCCGUGCUCGUUCGCCGAUCCCGCCUUGAACCCACGUAAAGGCAACACACCAUGUCCGUGCGCCAAAAAUACUCCGGGCUUCGUCACGGAACCCGCACUGUAUACGGCGGGAUGUAUGGACGACUAUUUGACACCAGUUGGACAGGGCGCGAGGAGGCGCAGAAGAAGAAGGGUCAAGGUCAAGCAGCGCGAGACCCUGAAAGAGCUGCCGUAA